AGGAGAGGAAAGAACCCUUCUGCAUUGGCACAUUGGAUAAAAAAAGAUUCCCUACAGAAAGUUUUACAGAUAUGAGCCACCGUUCUCGAGCCUCCAGACGUGGACAUCAUGUCCACUGUGAUUCAUGUUACAACCGGCGCUGCAGGGCUCGGGUGGAGGUCUCUGUGUCCUGCGCGAUCACCUCCUGCCGCCUGCUCUGUGGAGCUGUGUUCCACCUGUGCAAAGAGGAGGAUCACCUGCUGCUCUGCCCUAACGUCAGGGUGCCCUGCCUCAACGCUGAGUACGGAUGCCCGCUCCAGAUGACCCGCUCAUCCAGGGGUCAUCACCUCCAGGUGUGUCCGGCCAGUGUGGUGUGCUGCUCCAUGGACUGGCUUCGCUGGCCGACUGAUGAAACAAACCCUCACUCCUUCAUAGCUUUGCAGGAGAAUGUGUUGAAGGAGAAUGAGGAGCAGGAGGAGGCCCUGGACAUUGGUAUGGCCCUGGUCGAUCAGUCAGACCUCUAUGCACGACUGAAAAUGAAGCCUCUGUAUCCAGAGCUGAUGGAGGCUGAAGAGGAAGAGGAGCAAGAAUCAGAUGAGGAGAAGGAGGAGAAGGAGGAGGAGAAGGAGGAGGAGGCAGUGGGAGUGUUAGUAAAUGGUGUCACAGACAAAGAGAAAGGUGAAUCUCAGUUGCAUUUGCCCACAUCUGCAGGAACAUGUGACACAACUGGUUUUCAAGACAUUGCACUAAACAGAUUGAAGCAAGGCAUCAACCUAGAGAAGUACAACAUAUGUGAGAUGAUGUUCGGGAUGGAGAGAGGUGCCUGUGCUGUCGCUGAGACAACCCAGAAUGACCCAAAAGAAAAUGAAAAACAGAGGGAGAAGGAGAAGGCCAAGACCGGAAAAGAUUCAAAAGUGUCCAAAAAAGACCACAAAGCUGCAGAAAAGGGUGCAGCCGCAGCUCCAAGUGGUCCUGAACCAGACACUAGUAAGACCGGACAUGCCCCCUGGCAGGAGGGUGUAUUGGAGCGAGUGGGGAGGGAGCUCACCCCGCAGGAGUACCACAUGUAUGUGGUGCAUCAUGGGCGCAUGCUUGUUGCCUUUGGCCAAAUCGAAGCUUGUACGCCAAGGGAGAAAGAUUUUGUUUAUGGGAGUCUGGAGCCCAUUCCAGUCCAGACUCUGCGCUCAUUCAAGGUCCCUGACAGCUAUCACUACAGACAGCGGGUUCAUCUGUACGACACAGCUGCGAGGGCUCAGAGUGAGCCUUGUGGAGUGGACACCUCAGACCUGGGAGCUAGUGAACAGGACUGGUACAGCGACGAAGCUGCAGCCACGUUACUGGGCUAUGCAGAGAAUGAUGUCAUGGGUCAUAAGAUUAGUGAGUCCAAAGCCGCCGAUGGACUCUACAUCGAUGUGGGAACACAAACACACUCGUUCCGCUCUGCACCGUUUAAAGCGAAGACGACGCUGGCAGACGUGACGGUGGACAAACCGCUGAAGCUUCGUCUGCAGCUGCAAGCGGAGAGCGUGAACAGCAGACACUCCAGAGCUGGCUGUGCUUUUUCAUUCAUCUGUGGUCACACUUUCCACCGCAGGGAGUUCGCCACACAUUACAGGAAUGUUCACAGUGAAAUCCAGAUGUGUCUGAGCGGCUGGUUCGAGCAGAGGUGUCCUUUGUCGUAUCUAGGAUGCAUCUACAGUCAGAGGAGGUUUCAACCUUCGACUCAUAAAGCCACUGUCAGCUACAACCAGGAGCUGAAGACUUUCAACUUGCGCCCAACACUCGUUCCCUCUCUUGGCGACAACUCCCCCCCAUCUGGGAACGCAGGGGACAUGUCUACAAUCCACAAGCAGAAAGGAUGCAGACCGGCAUUAGGCGAGGAUGCUCUGAGCUCGUUGCCUUAUGAGGUGCUCUGUCACAUGGCCAGUUUCCUGGACAGUCUGUCUCUAUCACAGCUGGCUCUGGUGUCCCGGCUCAUGAGGCAGGUGUGCUCCUCUCUGUUAGAGGACAGAGGGAUGGUUGUCUUGCGAUGGGAGAAGAAGUCACAGUCACGUGGAGGAACCAAGUGGAGGGCCAAACCAGUGUGGGAGUUCAGUCAUCUCUUCUCCACAGUGGAUUCAUGGCACAUGGCAGACAUCCCUCCUAUAUCUGCUCACCUAAAAGUCUGUCCUUACUACGAGAAGUAUGUGCACAGCGAUCCUUUUCCUCUACCCAGCAUGAACGAGAAACAGGGCAGCAUCCAGGAGAGACAGAGCCUGGUCAGCCAUUUCACAGCAAAUAAAAGAAAACAGUGA